UCUCUCUCAUCAAUCAGUUCGAUAAGAGAGAAGAAAGAAUCCCUUUGCUGGUUUACGCUAACCUGAGAUCAGAAAAAGGACCCUUUUCUACUCUGCAUCUUCUCAUCUAAGGAGGGACCAUGAUUAAGUUGUUUAAAGUAAAAGAAAAGCAGAGAGAGCAAGCUGAGAACGCAAAUGGAAAGCCACCAGUCAAGAAACAAAGUCCAGGAGAGUUGCGUCUUCAUAAAGAUAUAAGUGAGCUAAAUCUACCCAAAACAUGUAGCAUAUCAUUUCCCAAUGGAAAAGAUGACCUCAUGAACUUUGAAGUCACCAUUCGGCCUGAUGAAGGAUAUUAUAUGGGUGGCACAUUUACGUUCUCUUUCAGUAUUUCUCCAAUAUAUCCUCAUGAAGCACCAAAGGUUAAAUGCAAGACAAAGGUUUACCACCCGAAUAUUGACUUGGAAGGAAAUGUGUGUCUCAACAUUCUUCGAGAAGACUGGAAGCCUGUGCUCAACAUUAACACCAUCAUCUAUGGCUUAUAUCAUCUGUUCACGGAACCGAAUCAUGAGGAUCCCCUCAAUCACGAUGCAGCUGCUGUAUUGAGAGACAACCCGAAGAUGUUUGAAUCCAAUGUCAGAAGGGCAAUGCAUGGGGGCUAUGUCGGGCAAACGUUCUUUACCCGUUGCAUGUAGCAUCUUCAAGACUGAAACAAUAGAGAGUCUGUAAAGUUUGGAUGCAAAUUAUUUCAGGUGAUCUUUCUGCAAAUGUCUUUAAAUUUACGUCGAACCAGAAAAAAAUUCCUGUAUGCUAAGUGUAACUCUGCAAUUUGUUUUUCGGAUACGUUCAUGUAUAAGUAAGACCAAUGUUGUA